CGCCGCGCGCAGAGCGGGAGGCAGAGCCGAGGGCGGAGCGGAGCGCGGCGGGCGCGGCGAGCGCGCGGGCCGGGCGGCCGAGGACCCCGGGAGCGCCGCGUCCCCUGCCCCGCGCCGGCCCCGCGCCUCCUCCCCGGCCGGCGACGGUGGGUGCGCGGCGGGCUGACCUCUGCAGAGGCGGCGGGGGCUCAGCAUCGGGCCGGGGCCGGGGGGGCGCCGGGGCCGGGGGGCGGCGCUCCGGCCCGGCCCGGCCCCGCCCGAUGUCCAUGAGCGCCAACACCAUGAUCUUCAUGAUUCUGGGGGCGUCGAUCGUGAUGGCCAUCGCGUGCUUGAUGGACAUGAACGCGCUGCUGGACCGAUUCCACAACUACAUCCUCCCGCACCUGCGGGGCGAGGACCGCGUCUGCCACUGCAACUGUGGCCGGCACCACGUCCACUACGUGAUCCCGUACGACGGGGACCAGUCUGUGGUGGACGCCUCCGAGAACUACUUCGUGACAGACAACGUCACCAAGCAGGAGAUCGACCUCAUGCUGGGGCUGCUGCUCGGCUUCUGCAUCAGCUGGUUCCUGGUGUGGAUGGACGGCGUCCUGCACUGCGCCGUGCGCGCCUGGAGGGCCGGCCGGCGCUACGACGGCUCGUGGACCUGGCUGCCCAAGCUGUGCAGCCUGCGGGAGCUGGGCCGGCGGCCACACAGGCCGUUCGAGGAGGCGGCCGGGAACAUGGUGCAUGUGAAGCAGAAACUCUACCACAACGGUCACCCGAGCCCGCGGCACCUCUGAGCCGCGCGCAGGACUCGCGGGGCCGCCGGCCACCGCGCCCACGCUCACAGGACUGGACGGCCGGCCCGGGCCAGGGCGCCCGCGGCCGUCGGGCGCGUCCGGCGGAAGGUGCUGUCUCCUCUUCUUUUUAUAAAGGGGGUCGGGGU